GAGACUAUAAAUGCCAGAGCCACCAGAUGUAGGCAUGCUCACACCAUUACAAGUUACCCAAAAUUUCGCACGCCCCCUUCUGGCCACACAAAGCACGAACAUUUGCUGUGUCCACAAUUCCACAAGAUAUAUUUUGUGGAGUAGUGUUAUAUACUUACAUACAUACUAGCAAGCCCCACGCGGCUUCGCUCGCAGACAUGUAUGUAUUUAGGAAAGGAGAUGUGUUAAAGUAUGUUGUAUCUUUGUAACUCUUUUCCGCACCACCAUAGAGGUAAAGUGAAAGGCGCACUGUUUUUUAAUGUGGUGUGCCCUAUAGGCCUAUAGUCAUAUUCCCUUUGACGGUACUCAUGAAUCAAAACUUGCAAUUCUUCAAUAGUUUUUAUACCUAGUACUCGAAGUGUAAGUAGGGUAUAUUGUACUUGUGGUGAAAAGACGAGCGUCUCACAAACGUUCCUACUCGUUUAUUUAAAUGUAUUUGCUCACUCGCAAUUGCGUUGGGAGCACUUAUCAAUCCCCAACUUUAACAGACAACAGAAAAGACCAGCGGGCCCAUUCAAAGACAGCACAAACUACUUCAUACAGAAGUCACCACUUAAUAUAAUUAAGUUGUAAAUGGAACUCCCUGAACACAACAGAAUCGACCGCCCCACAUUCAAUUGAAAAUGGUUCGACAUUUCAAUACACGGCGACUCUUGUACGGUGGCAAGAAUAGGUUUGGUGUUUUAAAUAUCUGGAUAUUCUUUGGAGGGAUAAUUAUUAUGCUUAUUCUGUUGUAUCAGAGGGAUGCAACCACCGCAGAUAUUUUGGUGACACCGCUCCCUCGUCCGCGCAUCUUCUGUGUAAUUGUCACUUACGCGUUCCGUCACGAACAUGCCGCCAUCCACAUUAAAAAGACCUGGGCUCGGCAUUGUGAUCGGUAUGUCUUCAUCAGUGACGAUGUGCAUAUUUUUUUGGAGCCCGUCGUGUUUAGGAAUAUUAGGGAUAAAUGGCAGCGGAUACGGGCACAUCUGGAGUACAUCUACAAGUAUCAUUUCUAUCAAGGAGACUGGUUCCUCUAUGCCAACGAUGAUAAUUUUGUGGUUGUGGAAAAUCUUCGGCAUAUGCUGCAGUCCUAUAGCUCAGAAGAGCUCAUCUACUUUGGCUGCAAGAUGAGAAGCAAGGGUCUGAUUUACAUGUAUGAUGACUCUGGAAUUGUGUUAAGUGCUGCCAGUCUAAAGCGUUUCGUGCUCGAGGCAUUAAUCAAUGAAAACCUGUGCAGCUCUCAUAGUAGAGGAAGUGAGGCUGCGAAAGAGCUGGGUCGAUGCCUGAGCAAUGUCAAUGUUAUAGCCGGCGACAGCCGAGAUGAGUUUAAAAAACAUCGAUUUCUGCCCUUCGAAGUGGACAUACACUUGGGUGGUCAGAUGAAUGCCUCCGUUGAGCUGCACAAAUACUUCCUGGAGCAUUCCUACCAUCCGAUUAGUGAUAUGAACCUGCCUGUCUCACUGAGAUCGAUAUGCUUUCAUUUAAUGCUGAUUCCUAUAACAUAUGAUUUAUAUUAUUUCACUGAAAAUGUUCACAUCUUUGGAGCAUCACAGAAAUGGGACCUCGAAAAUUUGGAGCUCGAGAUUAAGCAUUUCCAUAAUUAAACUAAAACAUUUAAUAAA